AGGAACGUUUCUUGUGUCACGACGCUGAAAUUACAGACGAACAAACUUCCGGACAACGUUUCCUGUAACUCAGCCUUUGUAAACAACUUGUGUUUCCGAAAUGAAUCGCACCAGAUCAUCUGACCGAGAUACUAGGGAGAAGAAAACAGAGAAAAAGAAACGCGGGCGGUCUUCUUCUUCGUCGUCUUCCUCCUCCUCCUCUUCCAGCAGGAGCAGGUCGGCUAAGAAAAUUUCUUCCACGAAGAAGAAGAUGACAGAUGGGAAAGAGCAACGAAAGAGGCGGAGGACGCGAUCCUCAUCUUCAUCAUCCACUUCCUCCUCUUCCUCUCCCUCUUCCUCCUCCUCAAGUGAUGAGAAGAGAAAGAGGAAGAAGAGCAAAGCCAAGAAGAAGAAACUGAAGAAGCAGAAGGCCAAGCUGAAGAAACAGAGGAAAAAGGAGAAAAAGAAGUUGAAGAAGAAGGAGAAAAAGCUGAAAAAGGAGGUGGAGGCGAUGCAGAGACCUCCAGAGAAACCUCCAUCCUACCUGGAGGUGAUGCAGAAUGAAGAAGAGGAGGAGGAUGAGGUGGAGCUGGGGCCAGUCAUGACUGACGAGCAGAAGGCCCGGCUCGCCACUAAGAGGCCUCUCACCAAGGAGGAGUACGAGGCCAGGCAGAGCGUGAUCCGCAGAGUGGUGGACCCAGAAACAGGAAGAACCAGGUUGGUGAGAGGAGAAGGAGAGAUCAUUGAGGAGAUAGUGACCCGAGAGAAACACAAAGAGAUCAACAAGCAAACUACAAUGGGAGAUGGGAAUGCCUUCCAGAGAAAACUGGGAAUGAACAGGUAGAAGAAGAACCUCCAGAAGAAAACACAAACUGUCUACUUCCUGCUUGUUUCUGAGUCAUUCUGAUUCUUUUGAAUAUGUUGUAGAGAUUUUCACUGUUUGGGUUUAGGUUUAUGCUUAGGUUGCAGACGGAGGUUUCUUUAUUUUACAAAAACCCGAAAGCAUAAUAUUAUAAGUUAUAACCAAUAUGAAACACAAUAAAUCACAUUCAAAUAUUCCAUGUACGUUUGUUACUGUACAUCCAUUUUACAUACAUAUUUCUGUUUGAUAUGUGUUUUGUUUUUUAGAUUUGGACCAUUCUCUCAAUUUUUCUAAUUAGUUUUUGUUUUGUUUUAUCAAAGGAUCCUGAAACUUAUAUUUUUGAAGUGUUCUGAGUCUCAUGUAUUCAAGUUUUCUGCCUUGGACAUAUUUCAGGCUAAUCACUCAACCUUUAUCAAAAUGUCUCUUUUAAGGCCACUAAACUCUGGCCUGGGAAUUAUUCAGGGUCUACUUUGGAAAAUAAAGUUUGAUUUUUCCAGGCA